ACCAUCUCUGAUUGGUUGUCGCUUCAGAGGCACAACAAUGGCGACCAAGAAAGCACAUGGACAGAAGUUGGAUAUUUUAAAUGACAUUAAAGCUAGCACGAACAAAUGUACAGAAAGCAGAAAGGAGUCAAAUAAAAUUAUUGACAUAAUAUCAUAUGCACAGUCUUCAGAUAAAGAUGUUUUACUGGCCUGUGUUCGAGCAUUUCACAAAAUGUUUGUCAAGUUCCUGACAGCAGGAGAGAUGUUCCUAGAAAUGAUACCUACAGACACAACUGAUAAAGGCUUAAGUAAAGAAGUUCAAUACAAAGUUUGGCUGAUGGACUGUUAUCAGGACACGAUUGAUUGCCUCAUCCAACUUUUACGAUCUGAAUACUCAUCUAUACAGGAGCUAGCUCUAUGUACCUUGAUGAAGUUUGUUGAGACAGAAGGAAAAAACCCUGUGACAAAAAUUUCCUCAAAAAAGUCACAUUUUCCAGUAGCUCUGUUUACGAAAUUGAUGAAGCAGCUCAUGAACACAGAGACUAACCUUCAGGAUCUUAUAGGUAAAUUUCAGGAGUAUCUGGCCUACGAUGAUGUCAGAUUUCAUGUGUUGAAAUGCACCAUGAUGGACCUUAAGGAAAAACGGAAUACGACACCUGGAAACCUAUAUCUGAACAACAUCUUUGCCAUCCUGGAGCGUGUAAGCUUUCCAGCAUCUCCAGAGGAAAACCUCACAACCUUCCUGACCACACAGCCAGAUGAAGAUGUCCAACUGAAGAUAGCAACAUUGAAGGAACACAAACGUUUGUUCACUACCUCUUGGGUAACAUUCCUCGCCUUCCAGCUGCCAACUAAUCUGUAUCGGCGGACACUGGUCAUUCUCCAUGAUAAAGUAAUGCCGUAUAUGACAAGUCCUCUGAUGCUGUGUGACUUCCUCACAGAGUCCUAUAACAUAGGUGGUGCUAUCAGUCUGCUGGCUCUAAAUGGCAUAUUUGUGUUGGUCCAACAAUACAAUCUAGAUUACCCAGACUUCUAUGGAAAGCUGUAUGCUUUAUUUGAGCCAUCUGUCUUCCAUGCCAAAUACAGAGCGAGAUUCUUCUAUUUAGCGGAUCUAUUUUUGACAUCCACCCAUCUGCCAGCUUACCUGGUCGGAGCAUUUGCCAAGCGACUGGCGAGAAUUUCGUUGGCGGCUCCUCCUUCCGGCCUGACUGUAUCCAUACCCUUCAUCUAUAACCUGAUACACAGACAUCCCAACUGUCGAGUGUUACUACAUCGAACAGAGGGACCUUCAGAAAUACAUGAUGACCCCUACGACCCCAAUGAACCUGACCCCACCAAGUGCCAUGCCAUGGAGAGCUCUCUAUGGGAACUGAAGACUCUACAGUCCCACUUUCAUCCUGACGUGGCGAGAAGUGCGCAGAGGAUAGACGGUGAAAUCCAAACAAUAGAAACGGAUCUAUCCGACCUGUUUGAAACCUCUUACGAUGAUUUGUUUGACAAAGAAACGCGAAAGAAGGUGAAAUUUGUGCCUGUGAACUUUGAGACCCCAAAGGGACUGCUGGGGUCCAAAUCUGACAGAAUUAAGCUGUGUUGGAGACUUGAAUGAUCUGGAGUAGUAGCAGGGAGGGAAGGGAGGAGGGAGAAACAGAGAAGGGAUAAGAGGGAAAGCUGAACUAGUGUUUGAUGAAUGAUCAAUAUUUAUAUUGGCAGCCAAAGAGAAAAUGAAAAUAAAACAAUGAAAAUAAAAA